GAACACCCCCACCACUGGUCUCGCAGGCCGCUCCUCGCCUACACGCCCACCAGCACUUGCUCUACCACAGCCAUGUCCCUUCUUAAGACGACGUUUUACACUGCCCUGACAGCGGCUGCUGUUGUUGGCAGCUACCUGCUCUUCCACAACACCGGUGAACUUUUUGAUUUCGGCAGAUUCCUCUUGGAGACGAGUCCCUACACCUGGGGUCUGCUUGGCAUUUCCAGCUGCAUCGCAUUCGGCGUCAUUGGCGCAGCUUGGGGUAUUUUUAUUUGUGGCAGUUCUAUUUUGGGUGGUGCUGUUAAAGCACCGAGAAUCAAAACGAAAAACCUCAUCAGCAUCAUUUUCUGUGAGGUCGUUGCCAUCUACUCGCUCAUUAUCGCCAUCGUGUUCUCUGCCAAACUUGCUGACUUGAGUGAAGCUGGUCAACUGUACACCAAGCAGAACUACUACACGGGAUUUGCCUUGUUCUGGGGCGGCAUCACUGUUGGCUUGUGCAAUUUGAUUUGCGGUGUCAGUGUCGGUAUCACCGGCAGCAGUGCAGCAUUGGCUGACGCACAGGACGCUUCGUUGUUCGUCAAGGUGCUGGUCGUCGAGAUUUUCGGCAGUGUCCUCGGUCUGUUUGGUCUCAUUGUCGGUCUGCUUGUUGGCGGAAAGGCCAGUGACUUUGCUUAAUGGAGAGGAGUUAGUUGCCUUGGACGAACAGACAGACGCCUUGCUUCCGUUGUUCGACGUUCACAUGCCUUUUCUUUUCUCUCCAACGGCGAAGUAGCACCCCCGGACCGUCUCAAAGGCAGUGAGUGUUCAUCAGCCUUUCAUUAAAAGUCGAGACACUAUACCGUCUCUCACCUGCCUCGUCUUUUCUUCGACUCGACGGGUCUCACCCGUCUCUUUUCUCUCCCCGUAAUCAUUUUGGUCGUCUCGCACUAGUUGCACUAGACUUGCACGGACGACUUGCCUUUUGCGUACACGUUCAUUCAUAAUUUCCUCAUCAAGAGUAAUAGCGCGACAAUACACAGUCUAAAAAGAUUUUGGGAAGACAGUUUAGUAGGGCGGGCUAGUAGAGCAGCCUCAAGGAAAGCAUUCUCUAAUAGACUAGCCUAGUAGAAUAAUGUCUGGUUUU